GUGCGUGUUCUCCAAGAUCUGCAGCUGCUGAGGACCAGCUGAGUCUGUGGAUGGUGUUGGUGAAGAGUUGGUCCAUUGAGAUGCGUCCGUUGUGGUCUGAGCAAUGAGGAGACUUCGCCCACGGUCAUGGGUGGCCGGCGGGGCUAUCGCAGUUGCCCUGCUGGUGCAGAUCUCGCUAUCCUACCGCCUUGGCGACACCCACCUUCACCACGACGACCUGUGGCACGAUGCACACGAGGCAGCGGCCGGCGGACCUUCGCGGACCCUCCAGCCAUCCGCAGACGGCCUGGAGGGCUCCCCAGUUGUCAGCGGUGCGCGAGAUGCAGAGGGGGAUUGCGGCGGUGACUCCCCUGAUGAUGAGUGGGACAAGUGUCAGAUGACCCGGCCCAGGAGGCCACGGAAGGUGUCGCUCAAGGGCAUCUGGAACAGGGUGCUGAGCAAGGACAGCAAGGAGGAACAACAGCAGCAGAAGACGCGCAAGAAGGAGUGUGCAAGGGGCGCAUCGGCGGCAUGGAAGAAGUGCAAGGAGAGGAAUGGGCAGCAAGGCGGCCUGCUAUCCCGAAUCAAGCGGUGGUUCAGCAACAGGUUCGGGGGCGCCUUUCCGUGGGUACGUGGCAAGGGUGAGGUGAUAUCUAUCAAGAGGAACGAGACGGAGAGGGCGGCUGCGGCUCCCCGCAGCGAGGCCGACAUGGAGGCCUUCCGUCGGUACCGCAGCUGGAUCUGGCUGGGGCUGGUCAGUGUGGUCAUCCUCAUCAGCCUGGCAUUCGAACAGCUCAGGGAAAUGAUCCUACACACCCUCACGGAGAAGGGAGAAGAGGUGAGUGAGCACACAGACCACAGAGAGAGAUAGGGGAUAGAAGAAGGCAACGCACGUGUGUUGGGAGGGAUUAAUCUUGUCUGCCCGUCCUUUUGUCUGUCGGCUGCAGGACUACAAGCGCGUCAUCUCGCGUCUGUUCGAGGUGAGCAUCGGCCGGCCACACACCCAUCCCAUGUGCAGGGCGCCGCGUCUCUUGGAAUCGACCAAUGCAUGUGUGGUGUCUGCUUGUAUGUGUUGCCCUUGCUUGCUCCGGUCCAUCAUACAUAUCAGGAGCUAACGACUUUGGGAUUCAUCGCCCUGUGUGUCUUCGCGCUGAUGCGGACGGGAACCUUCCACAGCCUCUCGCACUUUGUCUUCAGGUGCGAAUCAGACAGACAUCCCCCAUCCCCCAUCCACCACACACACGGUCGAACGAACGCGUCACUGAUUCUUGCAGGGACCACUUGGCGAGCAUUGAGGGCGACGAGCACGGCGGUGAGGGUCAUCCGCUGCUGGCUGAGAUGUUUGAGGAGGUCCACAUGCUGCUCUUCAUCGCCAUGGGGCUGCUCAUUCUCAUCGCCCUCUACUGCGUCACAAUCGCUCACCACACCGCAGCCAAGUUCGCACACCAACACACACACACACACACACAAGACAGCCGCACACACCCACCCCACAUAUCUGUGUGUGUGAAAAGGUGGCGAGAGGCGGAGCGCAUGUCGCACGAGACUCUCCUGGAGAUCCACGCCCACUACGCCACGAGGGGCGACCGGUUCUUCUGGUGGUGGCAGCUGCGCCGCGCCUUCGCACGACUGACCCACCAGCCUUUGCGUGCCGAGGGGCCGGUGGUGAGCCGCGACACUCUGCUGCGGUGGCUGGACUACCGCGCCAUCCGCAGCGAGUUCGUCAAGCCGAGCGUGAGCAGCGUGCCGGGUGUGGACGCUGACCCGCUGUCCUUCCCUUUCUACAGCUACCUCAAGGCAUGUAUGGUGAGCGAUAUAUAUGGGUGGCGGAGAGAGGGAAGGAAGGGGGGGAGGGGUGCAUUCGUGUGUUGCUUGGAUGGAUGUUAAUGCAGGUUGAUUUCGUAGUUGAGUUGCUGCACAUCCCCAGCUGGAUGUACUUUGUGAUCCUCGUGGCCACACUGCCAUUCAGAUCGGCACUCUUCUGCCUGGUACGCGACGCCACAGCAAGACACUCCCACACAGACACAGACAAACACACAGCACGGUAUACAGCCGUUUCCUGCUCUGUGUGUGUGUGUGCGUGUGUGCAGGAGGCGCGCCUGUUUGUGUUGGGCACUGUGGGUGUGCUGAUCCCCACCGGCCUGGUGCUGCUGGCCUGCUACCUCAGAUGGCUCAAACGAAUGCUCACACCACCCGCCGAACGAAUCCUCGUCUUCCAGGUCAGAGAAAAGACCACAAAGCAAAGCCCCCAACCACACACAACCACCCCUCUCUCCCUCUCUCCAUCUCUCCCUCCCUCUCCCUCUCUGCCUGUGUCUCUCCUCAGCAAACAGAGCUCGACCGCAAGAACCACCGCCGCGGCGACUUCGGCGGCCGCAAGUCGGUGACCUCUCUUGCCGGCAUCCCGCCCUUCAUGCUGCAGUGGGCCACAAACUCGACCCACUCCGAGGGCGGCACACCAUCGGACCACUCACAGAGAAACGGCGACGGCGGGGUCUUCCCAUCCACCCCCACCUCCAGCGGCGACCGGGGCGCGGGCACCACCACACACGGCAGCGCACGAGGGGCGGCCUCCUCUCUCUCCCGAGGCAUCACGCAGGACUGGGCCGUCGGGUCGUCCGAGUGCUUCCUGGCGCCGUUCCACACGCUUGACCCGGUGCACGCGACGUCGCCUCUGCUGAUAGCGUUCGGGGGGACGGCGACGCCCAACCGGCACCAGCAGCUGUUCAUCGGAUGGAAGAACGGCCCCAAGAUCUUGAAGAGCUGCAUACAGCUGCUGGUGAUUGCGCUGGCCGUCUACACGGCCAUUAUGAUGGGGCAGGUCACCGACAAUGCGGGCGUCUUCACUGGCUCCUGGUACGUUUGUGUUGGCACGGUCGAUGCGCGCCGCAACACGCCCGCCCCCAUGCUGUGUGUGGGGUGUGGGGUGUUGGGUUUGCUGACCAGGCUUGUGUUCUGGGUGGUGGUGCUGAGCACCAUAGUGAGUCUGCUGUUCCUGAUCCCGGGCAUCAUCGCCGACGUGACGGUGGUGUGCAGCAUCGAGCUCAUGAAGAACCAGCACCACGUCAUCCGCACGUGCGAGCUCGUCAGGCACGCGCAGUACCUCAAGAGGUUCAAACUCCUCUCACAGCUCAAGAAAUUCUCGAAGCUGCAACGGUGCGUGAGAGGAAAUUGUGCCACCGGCUGGUGCAUUCGUGUGUGUGUGUGUGUGUGUGUGUGUGUCCAGGUACACCCACCUGGCCGACAAGCAUCGUGACGUCCUGCGGAAGGAGGUCAGUGAAUAAAGAGACAGACGGGGAGACGCGCAUUCGAAUGAGCGUGUGGGGUGUGUGUGUGUUGGUGUGUGUGUGUGUGGUCGUGUCAGAUGGCGUCCCGUUGGCGCGCUUUGAAGGACGUUGAGAAGCGGAUGAUCACUGCCAGCUUCAUUGCCGCCGACAGGGGCUGCAAAAUGUAGACGUCAAGAACCAACAAGAGCGCAUAUCUAUGCUAAUGGUUCGUUGGCUCACAAGUUGUUGGAACUGAUUUGAUUGCAGGCAUCUGACGGCCAGCGAGGCGGAGCGUGCUCUGCAGAUGAGCGGCAUCGACAUGACAGACCAGGAAGUCAAGAAAUGGUCGGUCUCCGCUCACAGACAUGGGGAGCUGCUCGUGGGUGUAAAUGUGCCUCUGCGUCUGUCCUUUGCGUUGUGUGCAGGUUUGAAGUGUUUGAUUUCCACAACCGGGGUCACCUCGACAUGGACAGCUUCAGAAUGAUGAUGCUCGCUAUCAACGCCACUCUGGUAAGCAACGCCCCACCACACCCCACAUCAAUGCGCCGUCUCCGUUCCACUGCCCCUUUGGUGUGCACACGUGCAUCUGUCUGUCGAUCAGUUCGGCAGCCGUUUGACCGAGGACGAGUUGGUGGAGCUCAUCAGCAUCAUCGCCGGCGAGGAGACCCCCCAGUCGCCCCUCGACGCCCCGCCACCCCUCGCACACAGCACCAGCCAGCCCGUCUCCACCCACCAACCCCACCCUCUCACUCGCUCCCUCUCGCGCGAGUCGGCCCCCUCCCAGAUGCACCUAUGGCUCAACCACCAGCAGAAGAUCGGACAGCUGAACCGCUCCGAGUCGCCCAACCCCGCACAGACCUCCACCCGAGCCCCCAGCUACACUGGCAGUGGUGACGGGGGCGGCACAUCCCCAGCCCUCUCCUCCCAGACGGUCCCUGCGCGCCAGCCGCCACCCCUGGCCACCGGACACAUCGGCGGCCACAGCUUCACCAUCAGGCCGACCCUCUCGCUCAGCCGCUCACGCACAGAGAAGAACAUCGCUGCCCAGCAACAGCAGCAGCAGCAGCAGCAUGGGCCGACGGUCAACGGUGGUCAUGGUCACGGUGCGCCGGUGCCGAUGCCCUCUCCCCGUCGGUCGAGCAGCCCCGGGGGACAGACGCCGAGGCAUGGCGGGGCGGACGUGAGGAGGGGUUCGGCGCCACAUGCGCUGACCCACAGUGGGGUGCAGCUGGUGACGCCCGAUGAUUUGCAGAAGCUGCUGUCCAACACUGUCUCCAGGUGCGACCGACAGAGGGGCGGAGAGAGAGAACGCAGGACGGGAAAAUUGUUUGCCUUGUGCCUCUCUCCCCCUCCCCCUCCCCCUCCCCCUCCCUCUGCCUGCCUCCGUGUGUGUGUAGGAGCGAAUGUGUGAGCCUGAUAUCGACGAUGAACUCGGGUGCGCCUCGGUCUUACGCCACAGCGGAGGAGUUCUCCAAGUGGGUCAGGAGGGUGGAGGCCGACGUGGACCUGCUGUAAAGCAUGAGGAUCGAAGGCAGACGGUCUGCCCUCACUGCAAGGAAGGGAGGAAGGCGUGUUGCUUAUAUAUGGCGCUCGUAAAGAUUUUUGCAAUGACGAGCUUUAUAAUUUUUCGCCACCACCCAUCCAUACACACCCACUCACUCACUCACUGACUCAGCGAUGCACAUGAAUGACUAAGGCAGGCAUCAACACGCGCCGGUACUGAUAGAGGGAGGGAGAAGGGUCCCACAUGCAAUGCAUAAUGUGUGUGUGUGCGUGUGUGUUGUGGCUGGGCUGAGACGAUGGAUGGAUGGAUGGAUCCACACACCACUGACCUCCCUCCUACACGAGAGUGCCCGUAGUGAGUGAAUGUGGAUGAGUGAUGGACUGGAUGGUGGCGACCGCAGCAUUUUUCCCUGCCUGCCUGCCUGGAUGCCUGGAUGCCUGGAUGCUUGCGCGAGGGAAUGGCAACCUGCGCUGACUGACAGGGACAUACAGACAUAUACACACCGACACCCAUACAUACGAACGUACAAGAGUUUUAUGUGCGUGGCAUGGUUGGGAAGCGAUAUGAUUGGUUUG